AUGUUUGACAUAGACCAUGAAACAAGAGUAAGUGUACGCAAAACGAUGUCAUCUACUAAAGGUUUUACUGGCACAAGUAUCCUUCAUAAAUACCUCUACCCUUUGUAUGGCUUUGACGUCCUAAAGCACCUGGUAUUUGAUAUUUUUCACACUAUCUGCCUCAAUGUUAUGAAAAAUCAGUUAGAGAGAAUUCUGGACAUGAAGCUCGUUGAUCCAUCAUAUUUAGAUGAUCAAGUUGAGAAAUUUCUUUGGACACAAGAUCUUAAAACUGGGAGAAUUCCGCGAUCACUUGCACAUUGUAAAGGAACACAUGUAGGUCAGUGGAAAGCUGAAGGACUGCAGAAGUUUUCCUUUCCUAUGGCUGACUGUAUAUUUAUGGGCAAACUGGAUGACAGGCAUGAAUUAGAAAUCCAAUCGCUUGUUUCAAGACUUGCAGAACUCCACUUUUAUAGUGCCAGAAGGUUAUGGAAUGCUGACAUGAUUGAAAUGCACAGACAGUUAGCAUGGCGGCUCAACAUUCAGAUUGAAGAAAUUCAGGGACUACGCAUGUGCACAAUAUCAGUUCAUAAUUUGACUCACAUACAUGAAGACAUCAUUAACUUUUCUUCCCCAGACAAUUUCUGGUGUGCCGUUUAUGAGAGAGCUGUAAGGCAAUAUGUCAAAAAGUCGCAUAACUGCAAAGGGAUUGAAGCAACAUUUGCUCAGUCAGAAUCCAGGCGGGAAUUCUUGAAGCCACUUCAAGCUGCUGCCCCUACGAAACGCGCAGCGCUGUUGCAGCGCUGCAGAAUGGCUUCUAGAAGCGCUGCAGAAUAGCUGCAAAGAGGCUGGCUGCAGCAGUCGCAAAUUUUGGCUGUUCGGGGCAGCGCUAUGAAGCCGUUUGAAAGCGAUAAGCAGCGGUUUAGCAGCGGUGGAAAGGACACACAAAAACGCUGUCAGCGCUGCCAAAUAGCUGCAAACGUGUACAAAAAUUCAAAGAAUUAUGGCAUUUGCCUGAUUCGAUAAUGCGGUUUGGCAAAUUAGUGCCAUCACGCAACGCAGUCCGGAAACCGGCUUAGUAGCAGAGUAAAAACCACUAGAAAGUCAAAAUGCAACUUAUACUUUAUUAGUAUCCCGCGUACACGUUACAAAAGCACGUGACAUAGAACAAAUCUGCAACAGUCUCGCUUUGUAAAUAUUUAGCAAUCACGGUCACUCAUCUGAAUGUAAGACCACGCAUUAACAUGCAGACAUUGAAAAUUAUCUUUUUCAAAAAUAAAGAGAAUAACAUCGAUUGUUCUACAUAAAGUUUACACGGCCAUUAGGCAAAUGAUAUUUUGAUUCGUUGCAACGGGCUAAGCUGGACAUUGCUCACCUUGACGUUUCGUCCAUGAUCCACGAUCUUCUACACUUUUUUCAUGAAAGAAAUCAACCCAAUUUUACUUUGGUCGUCGUUAAAUUUUUUUUUUUUUUUUUAUUUUAUUUCGCACACACAAACAAUUACAAUACAUUACAUUUACAAUUCAUUACAGGUAACUGUUAUCGUUUACAAUAUCGUUUAAAUUUUACAAUGGACUAAGGAACGAACAUUACCACGAGCGUAUAAGAAUCUUGUGAGUGCGAACCCCAGCUGAGAUUCUUGUAUCUGUGUUGCUUGCUCUGGUUCGAUUCGUCGAUACUUAGCGUAGAAGUCACUGUUCAGUGCGUUGUUUGCAAAUACGUUUGAGCUGUUCCAUCCAAAAACUUCAACAGAACUUCCAUCUCGAAACAGAACUAGAUGCAGAAAAACUUAGAAUGUUUGCGCCUUUCAUUCAACGGUCGCAAAUGUUCUGUGUUUGUCUAGAGAUGUAAUGGGAUCUCAUGCAAAAGGACCGACCAAUUAGAUUACGGUCUAGAAUGUCUCCAGGGAAUUAGCGAUAACAUUCCCACACUCGCCGGUCACGGAAUGAAAUUUAUUGAAAUCUUUAUUCCGAAAGCAUAGGAUUUGGAGGUUUAUUCAAUAAGUGAUCUUCUUUGCGCACAAGCUUACUCACAUUUCUUAGAGGUACAGUCAAAGUUUUCGCGUUAUAAAAGCCGUAAUCUGUGCCAAGGCUUUAUCUGGCGGUUCAUGUUAUUGGCGCUCAAGAAAGUCAGAUCGACCGCAGCUGAAUUGUAGCGUUACUGCAGCUACUUCGCAGCGUUUGAAAGUCGGCAACUGCGCUGCAAAACCGCUGCCGAGAGCUUCAAAGAGCCUUCAAAGGCUGCACAGCGCUUUUGCAUCCCGCUGCAACUUGAAUGAAGCUGCUGUUUGGCUUCUAAAAGGCUGCUGAACAGCUGUAAUUUAGCUGUACAGCUAUUUUGCAACGAUUUUGUGGCGCUGUACAGCGCUGCAAGUUUCGUACGGGUGAUCACAGUAAGGCCGGAAAAGUUGACUUGAUGACGGUAAUUCAUGCUUUUUUAAAUGUCAACAAAAAGGGGCUGUGCCCUGCCAUUUAAACAUCAAUUUAAUGUUUAUGUUACACACACAAAGAUGCAGGUAAUAGCUAGUCACUGACAAAAGACCUUCUUCAAAAUUUUCCCACCCAAAGAAAUAAACAGGUCCGUAGAGGUCUCCAGAGGGAAAAGUGCUGAAAAAUAGUUCACACUGUUUUAGUGUUUUAAACUUUAUGCGCAUGUGUUGGCCAUUAAGGCAAAUUUGCACCAUAUUUUGAGCUUGAAAUCCCUACCUUGUUUUGCUGAUUUCGUAGUACUGAAGUAGUCCCCUUAAGUCAUUACUUACCCAACUUAAAUGCUGCUGAGCCAUUCAUGGUAUUCCAAAUUUGAUUGACCUUUAACUCCCAGAAGUGAUCACAAUGUAACUUUUCCUUAAUAAUUAAGGGAAAUUAUUAUAAUAAUUAUUAUAUUAUAAAUACCUUCUUCUGCAAACAGGUGACGAGAGUCAAUAAACUUGUCAGCCAAAGAUGCCCCCCGAUUUUUGUCAUCUAUAUGUAAAGCAAAAUGUGUAACAGCUAGAAAGGAGAAUUUAGUAACCAGAUCUUGACUUAAAUGCUAAUGUACGCAAAAGAAGUAUAAAUUGAACAACCAGUUCUGUAAAGUUAAAGCAUUGGCAGAAGAGAUUUGAAAUUUUGUUAUAAACUAAAUACAUUUGACAUAGCAAAAUGCAUUUGUAAUUUAAUCUUGCUCUUGUUUAUUUCAUGACUGUGUAUGUGCUAAUUAUUAUGUUUUCAGGGAUUUGCCAGUUCAACUGAAAUUGCUCAAAUAGAGUCACAGAAGGAACCUCAAAAUCGAAGAUCAUUACUCUACAGUUGUGAUGAUGGUGUAAUUUCUGUUGCUGACUACCAGAGACAAGCAAGACAGCUGCCUUACGCUAUCAUUGUUCCAGUUUACAUUGAGGGUGGAGAUAUGUUGUUGAUUCAGGGAGAACUGUUGCACGAUGUUUGGUUUGGCCAUGCCCAAAGUGUUGAUCAGUGUGAAAGGACAGUUGAUGUGUUUUUCUUUGUUGAAAGUAGCAGGCACAAGAAUCUCUAUGUAAGGGAGACACAAGGGAGGCAUGGUAGAAACACUGUUUCUUGGCACUCUGUCAUUGGAAUUGCAAGUGGAAAGUGGAUUUCUCACUCACAGUGGAGAAAGGAUGAAUGA